AUGGAAUCCUAUCAUGGAGUAGUCCUGUCAUUAUCCGACGCAAUACUGCUGUUGGAGGCUGCUCGCAACAACCUGAUACCCAAGAUCAACAGAAGACUGUCAGACUACGAGAGAAUGGUACUCAUACGGCCCGGAUCAAUUUUUGUAUGGAACGAGUCCGAAUCAAAAAUCAAACGUUGGACAGAUAGCAGAAACUGGAGCGCCUCAAGAGUUAACUCUGCUUUCCUCAUCUACAGAGAGAUGGAGUCCGGUGAGAACGGACACCCUUCGUCAAAUGUCAAGCCUGACGGGCUUGUAAAACAGUCAUUUUCCGCCACGCUGAAAUCCGGUGACAAAUACCACAUAAUAAGUUAUAUGCCCAGCAGCUCGAACGUUUCCGAGCUACUUAAAAGGCCAACUAAUGACCCGCGUCUUCAGGGCCUCAAAAUCGAGGAAAGUCUUUAUUCCGACUACUUGGCCGGGGAAGUCGAGUCAGAAACCUCCACCCGCGUGGAGUUACCCGAGCCCCAACUUGAAAAUUAUAAUUCCGGCCCUCCUAAGCCGAAAACACUCGCUGUGCAAUUAACAGGGUUCAUGUCCGAGCCAAAUUUCGCCCCGGCCGGUAUACAAUUUUCUGACACCACCGGUGCGCGAUAUUCUGGUGCCGGCUUCAAAUACAACGGCCGACUGCAGGAGGAUGGCAAUAUGUUGAGUAUUCUCGAUCGCGGUUUUAUAUAG